AUGGAUCCCACCCCCAGCCCCAAAUCCCAAACCUCCGCCGAGUUCAUCUACGAAUUCACCCCGCAAUCCUACCUCCGCAUCCCCGGCCUGCGCUUCGACCCCAUCGACCAGCUCAUCCCCUACCCGCACCGCGCCGCCCUCGAGUUCCUCAAACCCUCCCGCUUCAAGCUCGACCUGCCGUGGGAGGAGUACUACGACCUCCUCCAGCCCUUCGACGACGUCUGCUUCAAGCUCGUCGACGUGCUCAUGUACGCCGUCGACGAGCUGCGCCACAACGUGCCCCCGCGCAUCAAGAAGGUGACCGCCGCCGUGGGCAAGACCGAUGUUGCUGACGAGACACAGAUGAUUAAGGCCAAGGCCGUCGAGGUCGAUUAUGACUGGAACGCCUUCUUUGAGCGCGUGCUUGAGCUGCUCGGCCCCAAGGGCGAGGAGUUUGGGAUGUGUGGUAAGGAUGUGAUGUGGAUUACUAUGCUGUAUACGCGCGCGUACGCUGAUUCGCCUGCGUGGCUGCGCAAGAAGGACCAGGGACAUUAUUUGAAGGCAAACAUUCACUGUUUGCACGAUUUGCUUGGGGAGUGGAACAUGUUGGUUCGGCAGAAGGGUUGGAAGUGGGAGGUCAUUUUCUUUGACGUUUUCGUGAAGGAUUCGUAG